GGACGUUUGACAACCAACGACAUCGAUCAGAUCCAAAUCUGGACAGCGAUGUGAUCUUUGCCUUGUUCACCUGGCUGCACAACAGUCAUGACAUCGCUUGUGCAUAUCGUACGCCAUGGUGAAGCACUUCAUAACGUUCAGCGGGGCUAUCCGGACAGAGAUCCGCCAUUGACAAAAGCCGGCAACGCCUCCACCAAACGCAUCAAUCUCAAUGUCCAGCCAGACCUGAUUCUCAUCUCACCCAUGACACGCACGAUCGAAACUGCUAUGAACCUUUUCCCAUUCUUGACUGGGGCAGGUCCUUGGGAAGUUCCUACCCAGAUCUGGCCCGAUCUUCGUGAAGCCAACGACGCCAUUUGCAACAAAGGUCUUUCACGGGCAGAGCUGUUAGCAAAAUUUCCGCAGUUCGACUUCUCUGAAUGUCAUGAAGAGUGGGACUAUCCAGAACACAGCAUAGAAAGCGCUACUACGCGUGCAGAAAAUGUACGAAGAAGGUUGAAAGAUCUGUCCGCAACAUACAGCAACAUCGUUGUUAUUACGCAUCGAGGUAUCAAAGCUUUCCUUGUGAAGGGGAAGCGCUUUGGACUAGCCGAGACAAGGUGCUACCGCUUUGCUACUGAGGAAGAAACCCAGGAUGACAAGAUCAGAAGAGGCGUCAACACUGAUACAGGAGAAGAGCAAGAUUUUGGACCGACGGUGUUGAUAUUGGAAGAAAGUCAAAGAAAAGAUCGGUGAAGCUGCGGGUCGUUCGACUCAGGCAUAUGAAGACGUGCAUGAGAAGGGAUAAAGUCUCUUCCGGAACACAUCGUGCCGUGCACGUCACAACCGGAGCCAGCAAAGCAUCCGGGCCAUGAACUCCGUAGGUAGUGAUUGGGCUAGUACCGCCAAAAGCAUCACAGAUACCCCACCAUAAUUCCAUGUCUCAUGACUCAAGACUUCAAGAACGAGAAGAGAUCAUCAACUGCGAAGACAUAGCAACUUGUUUACGUGUAGAACACAUGCAGGAAUCAAGGCGUUCUCACAACGAAGCAAUGACUAUCUUGGACGGACUGUGCGGGCUUCGGCUUUGAGUGAUAUACGCC